UGGAUCGAGUGGGAAAAAAACAAAACUACUGUUACAUGUGUUAAUUUUCCUGAUUUUAUCACAAUUGAAAAACAAUGUGACACAUUUCAGCAUCGUCUUUAAACAUUCACUUCAACCGAAAGUGCAUCCAACUCUACUCUACUUUUUAUCACAGUCUGCACAGGAAAUGCCGCUUGGUAUCUUUCCAUAUAAGAGUGCAUGAGCCUCCUCGUGCUACUACAGACAGAGCCAUGCUGAUAAGAAAGACGCCACCCGUUAUUUCAAUGACUUCCAGAACUAUCCGUACAUAAAGACUGCACCAACUGCUCUAACGUAUCAAACUGCGCCAACUGCUCUAACGUAUCAAGAUUGGCCAUCGUGUAGGAAGUGAAUAACGAAUACAACCAGAACAAAGAAUCUUACAAUUUAAAAAAAAAAAUAAUUUUUUUUUAAAACAUGUCGCGAAACGAAAUAACCAUCGUGUUAGUUGCCUUUGUCGCUGUUUGGUCAUUGGUCAGUUCGGAGGUCGACUUUAUCGCUGAGAGGCUUCCAUUGCAGGUUGGUACAUUUAGGCAAACAAUAAUUGGUUGUGUACGGAAAUGUCUUUCAAACAUUUUUCAAUUUUUGUAAAAAUUAAUUGUAGAGCAAUUUUUUGUUUUAUAUUUAAACACUAUUCGUGAUGUUUGUAAAAUAUUUUAUCAAUUUGAAUAUCGAAAAUGUCUGAAUUUUUAAAAUUUCGAUUUAUUGCUGUGGAAUUAUUGCUGUGGAAUUAUUUCUGUGGAAAUAUUGCUGUCGAAUUAUUGCUAUGGAAAUAUUAAUGUGGAAUUAUUGCUGUGGAAAUAUUGCUGUCGAAUUAUUGCUGUGGAAAUAUUGAUGUGGAAAUAUUGAUGUGGAAAUAUUGAUGUGGAAAUAUUGAUGUGGAAAUAUUGAUGUGGAAAUAUUGAUGUGGAAAUAUUGAUGUGGAAAUAUUGAUGUGGAAAUAUUGAUGAGGAAAUAUUGAUGUGGAAAUAUUGAUGUGGAAAUAUUGAUGAGGAAUUAUUGAUGUGGAAAUAUUGAUGUGGAAAUAUUGAUGUGGAAAUAUUGAUGUGGAAAUAUUGAUGUGGAAUUAUUGAUGUGGAAAUAUUGAUGUGGAAAUAUUGAUGUGGAAAAAAACAAGACGUCAGAAAAGUGUCAUCAUCCUCAAAAUGAAAUGAGCUUUUUCAUUUCACUCGUUUCCUUUUGCCUAUGCCUAUAACCUGACUGCAGUCUCUCCCCCUCCCCCCCUUUUAAAAAAAAAAAUUACCAUUCAUUUGCAAAGAAAGGAGCUUUCGUAAGGAUGUAGUGUAAAGAGGGUGACUCAACUGGAACCAGAAGAAGAAUCUUAUUCCAAAAGCUAGAGAGAAUCACUGGAUAAUGAACACAGCUGGUUUUACGCGAGCAGAAAGGCUCCGGUUUUCAGACCAAGUUGCUGUUUGGCCGCAAUAACCCGGAUAGAAACCUUUGGAACUGGGCCACACCGUGGCGGCUGGGACUUUUCCUUAGGACGAGGAUUAGUUGAUAUGAGGAUGGUGCCACACGCACACCCAUAACAGGCCAGGGUGGUCAGCGUGGGGGGGCGGUGGGGAGAGAGAUUACCACUCGAGGGAGCCAUUAUCCAAAAUGUCUCCUGGCUACGUAUGCCCUGAAUGGGGCUAUUUUCGGUCAAUUCCCACAAAGAGUUGCCCAAAUUACCUUUGUGGGGUGGAAAUUGGGGGGGGGGGGCCUGGUGCCGCUCUGACUCAGGCAUCAAAAUAAGUUUUCAGGAAGACUUCCGGUCUUGAGCACCACGUUAACGGUUGGGAAGGUGGAGCUUGGACUCCGGGGGGGGGGGGGNNNGGGGGGGGGGGGGUUCGAUUCUUCGUGAGCAUUUCUCGCAACUUUUCCUAAUUUCUAUGCUCUGAUAAUACUAACCAUAAGAGAUGCCAUGACGGCAAACGAUAUCAUUGGAAAGUAGUUUCGUACAACUAGAUUAUGGCACAACUCUUCAAAUCAUUCAGCCAACGGAUGUCACUAAGACUGUGGGAUUACAAUCGUUCGACAAAUUUUAUAGCAAAUAAUUUGCCAUUUUUUUGUUGUUGUGUUUUUUUUUUGGUUGGGUUUUUUGUGUGUGUUGUUGUUUGUUUGUUGUUUUUUUUUGUUGUGAUAUCUUUAUUUUUUUAAUUUAAUUGUAUAACUUCUGAUCAUCGAUUCGUUUGUAAACAUGGAUCAAUGCAUCGGUGAUUCAAUGAAUAUGUGUUCAGUUGUUUCCUGGUUCAUGAAAAAAUUAACCCAAGAACAUACAACAUUUCAAACCACACAAAUCUCAAACUGCUUUGUCUGACACACAACAUUAUCACCCUUUUUUUUCACUUGACGUGUUGUGAAACUUGAUGUCGCACUUCCGUCACAGGGUCGUCGACCUCGUCCCGGCAGUCCCUGGCCCAUGCCCGAGGAAUGGAAACCGGAAGACGCGGUCUGGACGUUUGUAACGGAUCGUCUGACCUUGAGCUCGGACACCUCUUGUGACAUCGUCCAUGACGCCUACCAGAGGUUCGUCCAGCGCUUGAGAAACGUCGAAUCUGGGACCUCUCCAGGCGAUCCUGACCAACCGGAAGGGGAUGAGAAACCCAGAAACAGCAGUAAAGUUGUCGCGCUAGGUUCACUUCACGUCGUUCGCGUUGAGGUCAAGGACACAACAUGCCCAGAAUUUCCUCAGUAUGGAGCCCAAGAAGAUUGUGAGUUGUGAUACUCUUUUAUGAUAUUGGUUAGACACAAUGAAGUAGGGAGGGUAGGAGUUGGGUGUUGGAGUAGGACAAGACUGUCAAAAAUGAAGACAAUACAGUCAAAAAUAAAGACAAUACUGUCAAAAAUAAAGACAAGACUAUCAAAAAUGAGGACAAUACUGUCAAAAAGAACGAUAACAGUGUCAAAAAUGAAGACAAUACUGUCAAAAAUGAAGACAAUACAGUCAAAAAUGAAGACAAUACAGUCAAAAAUGAAGACAAUACUGUCAAAAAUGAAGACAAUACUGUCAAAAAUGAAGACAAUACUGUCAAAAAGAACGAUAACAGUGUCAAAAAUUAAGACAUACUGUCAAAAAUGAAGACAAUACUAUAAAAAAUGAAGACAAUACUGUCAAAAAUGAAGACAAUAUUGUCAAAAAUAAAGACAAGACUGUCAAAAAGAAAGAUAAGACUGUCAAAAAGAACGAUGAGACCGUCGAAAGAAUGAUACGACUGUUUAAGAGAACGAGAACACUGUCAAAAACCAGCGACGAGUCCAUACGUUCGAUCACCUACUCCUGUGAUCCUCCUAUGCAGUCACUCGAAGACGUUACUUCUAACCCCGAUGUAGCAUCCUUGGUUUAACUUGGUUAAACAAAUUACUGCGUCGUUGUUUAACUCUCCGAAUUCUAACAAGGAUGGUGGGGACACACUUUUUUCAAAAACAAUUUUUAAAAUAUUUUUAAAGGAUGUGGAAAAAAACCCUAAAUCUUGUUCGUUAUAAAAAUUGAACUAAACAUCGGAAUUGCGAUUAUAAGGAGUUAGUGUGACCUUAUUUAAGUAAAAUGACCUUUCUUUUAGCAAGGAGUACGAAAACUUGGCAGACAUGUCAUCUGUCAUGUGAUGAUCGAGAUGCAAAGAAUUUUGUUCAGUCUUAUUGAAAUAUGAUUUUUUUUUUCCUCCUGACAUGGCGAUGACAAGAUGAUAUGGUGAUCGGGGCAGAUGUUUCUCUUCAGGCGUCAUCAGUGUGGGGUGUUGUGUGGGGUAGGUAUUGUUAAGGUAAAUCCACCACUGUGUGUGGGUGAUGUGCGUGGUUCGUGUGGGGGUCAGUAUGAUGUUGUGUGGGGUGCUGACUGGGGUCAGUAUGAUGUUUUUAUUCGUCUACCACUGUUUGGAGUGAUGUGUGUGAUGUUGUGUGGGGUGCUGACUGGGGUCAGUAUGAUGUUUUUAUUCGUCUACCACUGUUUGGAGUGAUGUGUGUGAUGUUGUGUGGGGUGCUGACUGGGGUCAGUAUAAUGUAUGUAUUCGUCUACCUCUGUUUGGAGUGAUGUGUGUGAUGUUGUGUGGGUUGCUGACUGGGGUCAGUAUGAUGUAUGUAUUCGUCUACCUCUGUUUGGAGUGAUGUGUGUGAUGUUGUGUGGGGUGCUGACUGGGGUCAGUAUUAUGUAUGUAUUCGUCUACCUCUGUUUGGAGUGAUGUGUGUGAUGUUGUGUGGGGUGCUGACUGGGGUCAGUAUGAUGUAUGUAUUCGUCUACCUCUGUUUGGAGUGAUGUGUGUGAUGUUGUGUGGGGUGCUGACUGGGGUCAGUAUAAUGUAUGUAUUCGUCUACCUCUGUUUGGAGUGAUGUGUGUGAUGUUGUGUGGGGUGCUGACUGGGGUCAGUAUAAUGUAUGUAUUCGUCUACCUCUGUUUGGAGUGAUGUGUGUGAUGUUGUGUGGGGUGCUGACUGGGGUCAGUAUAAUGUAUGUAUUCGUCUACCUCUGUUUGGAGUGAUGUGUGUGAUGUUGUGUGGGGUGCUGACUGGGGUCAGUAUAAUGUAUGUAUUCGUCUACCUCUGUUUGGAGUGAUGUGUGUGAUGUUGUGUAGGGUGCUCAUGUUUAUGUUGUAACCUUGGUACUAGAUUUAUUGGCUAGGAGCUUUAAAAAGUUACUGGUACAAAGUCACUGGUAAAAAGUUACUUGUGUAAAGCUAAUGAUAAAAUUUUACGGGAUAAAGUUACUGGAAUAAAGUUACUGGUAAAAAUUUACGGUAGUAAGUUACUGGUAUAAAGUUACUGGUAAAAAUUUACGGUAGUAAGUUACUGGUACAAAGUCACUGGUAAAAAGUUACUUGUGUAAAGCUAAUGAAAAAAUUUUACGGGAUAAAGUUACUGGUAUAAAGUUACUGGUAAAAAUUUACGGUAGUAAGUUACUGGUAUAAAGUUACUGGUAAAAAUUCACGGUAUAGAGUUAUUGGUAAACAAUUACGGUAUAAAGUUACUGGUAUAAAGUUGCUGGUAAAAAUUUAUUAGUAUAGGUAGUAACUCAUAUUUAAUUAUUUAUAUUUAGAAAAAUAAAAGACUUUUUUUUUUGGUUGUAAAUCAUGGAAACACAUUUUACAAUUUUGAACAACGCAAUUAGACAAUCCUUUCCUUACAUGUCAUUUUGAUAUGCCAUAUUUAACAUAUAUUAUUUUACAUGUUAUAUAUUAUAUAUCAUAGUUUAGAUAUAUUUUCGAUAUCAUGAUUUAGAUAUAAUAUUUUACAUGUUAUAUUUUAGAUAUAAUAUUUUACAUGUCAUAUUUUAGAUAUCAUGUUUUAUAUAUAUCGUGUUAACCAUGUCAAUUUUACCAGGUCAUAUUUAUCAGGUCAUAUUUUUCAUGUUAUAUUUUAAUGUCAUAUUUUACAAGUCUUAGUGAUAUUUACCGUCUCAUAAAUUUAACACGGGCCUUUUAAGGUUUCAAAAUGUAGACAGACACCCUUCUUUGCAAUAGAUUUGUUUUUUUCGUUUUAUUGCAGGAUUCGAGACACUGGGUCAGCUCAUGUACAUGGUCAACGGAAAGGUAAUCCUCUGGUAACGAUGACCUUAAUGGACAUGUGCGGUGUGGGGGCUGGAGUUAAGUUUCAGGAAGUGGAGAGUAGAUAUUAUCGAUUUCCCUUUGGCCUCAGGAGAAUUCUGGCAUAGAAUGCUAUUUUAAUUAUGUUUGAAAAUAACUCCUCUUUGAAAUCUACAAUGUUAAUGAAAAGUGUAGUGCAGGGAUGUCACUGUAAUAUAUGGUACUGGGAUGUUACUGUAAUAUAUGGUACUGGGAUGUUACUAUAAUAUAUGGUACUGGGAUGUUACUAUAAUAUAUGGUACUGCGAUGUUACUGCAAAAUGUGGUACUGCGAUGUUGCUGAAAAAUGUGGUACUGCGAUGUUACUGAAAAAUUUGGUGCUGGGAUGUUAGUAAUAUACGGUACUUGGAUGUUAUUGUUAUAUAUGGUACUAGAAUGUUAUUGUAAUAUAUAGUACUGGGAUGUUAUUGCAAUAUAGGGUAAUAGAAUAUUAUUCUAAUAUAUGGUACGGUGAUGUUACUGUUCUAUAUGGUACUGUGAUGUUAAUGUAAUAUAUGUUACUGGGAUGUUACUGUACUAUAUGUGGUACUGUAAUGUUACUGUAAUAUAAUACACUGGGAUGUUAAUGCAAUAUAUCGUUCUGUGAUGUUACUGUAAUAUAUCGUUCUGUGAUGUUACUGUAAUAUAUCGUUCUGUGAUGUUACUGUAAUAUAUCGUUCUGUGAUGUUACUGUAAUAUAUCGUUCUGUGAUGUUACUGUAAUAUAUCCUUCUGUGAUGUUACUGUAAUAUAUCGUUCUGUGAUGUUACUGUAAUAUAUCGUUCUGUGAUGUUACUGUAAUAUAUCGUUCUGUGAUGUUACUGUAAUAUAUCGUUCUGUGAUGUUACUGUAAUAUAUCGUUCUGUGAUGUUACUGUAAUAUAUCGUUCUGUGAUGUUACUGUAAUAUAUCGUUCUGUGAUGUUACUGUAAUAUAUCCUUCUGUGAUGUUACUGUAAUAUAUCGUUCUGUGAUGUUACUGUAAUAUAUCGUUCUGUGAUGUUACUGUAAUAUAUCGUUCUGUGAUGUUACUGUAAUAUAUCGUUCUGUGAUGUUACUGUAAUAUAUCGUUCUGUGAUGUUACUGUAAUAUAUCGUUCUGUGAUGUUACUGUAAUAUGAUUCACUGGAAUGUUACUGUAAUGUAUGACACUGGAAUGUUACUGCAUAUACGGUACUGGGAUGUUAUUGUACUAUAUGGUACUGGGAUGUUACUGUAAUAUAUCGUUCUGUGAUGUUACUGUAAUAUAUCGUUCUGUGAUGUUACUGUAAUAUAUCGUUCUGUGAUGUUACUGUAAUAUGAUUCACUGGAAUGUUACUGUAAUGUAUGACACUGGAAUGUUACUGCAUAUACGGUACUGGGAUGUUAUUGUACUAUAUGGUACUGGGAUGUUACUGUACUAUACGGUACUGGGAUGUUAUUGUACUAUAUGGUAAUGUGAUGUCACUGUAAUAUAAUUCACUUGGAUGAGCGACCACAUAACAUCUACAGAGGUGUUGUUGACACACUGUGAAGACUUUUCCAAUAUAAGUUGAAGCUUGGCGCAAUGGAAUAAGAGUGAUUGUUUCAAUCUAGUGGACAGAUUGUUUCAGCCUGAUUGAGAAGACUGACCAUUUAAAGCUAUGAUUGUCGGUAGUGGGCUGUAUAAAAAAGGUGUUCUUUGUUGAACCACUUUUGUAUCCCACACUGAAUGACCUCGACAUGCAUGAUGCUGCUUCACUGUUUACAAAUACUUACCCACCCCUGGAAUAAAGAACCCUCGUGAAUUGAUAUCUGCUUGAAGUAGCUGUCGUAGUCUUUGAUAAAAGAAUUAAACAAAGUCUCAUGAGACAUUGAGAAGAAAUCAAUAAACAAGGGUGAGUUCUUCAGAGGAUGUGAGUAGGCUGUGGAUAUUUCAUAAGCUGUAAAUAUUUCAUAAGCUGUAAAUAUUUCAUAAGCUGUGAAUAUUUCAUAAGCUGUGAAUACUUCAUAAGCUGUGACUACUUCAUAUGCUGUAAAUAUUUCAUAAGCUGUGACUACUUCAUAUGCUGUGGAUAUUUCAUAAGCUGCGGAUAUUUCAUAAGCUGUAAAUAUUUCAUAAGCUGUGAAUAUUUCAUAAGCUGUGAAUACUUCAUAAGCUGUGACUACUUCAUAUGAUGUGAAUAUUUCAUAAGCUGUGAAUACUUCAUAUGCUGUGAAUAUCUCAUAAGCUGUGAAUAUUUCAUAAGCUGUGAAUACUUCAUAAGCUGUGAAUACUUCACUGAAAAACAGCUUACGAUGGUUCUAUUUUUUUUUCAUAUGUCAGUGGUUCAUUAACAAAGCGGUAAUCCAUGACAAGCCGCGGUUCUCACACAGAGGGCUACACCUGGACACCGCCCGUCAUUUUUACAGCGUUGACGCUAUUAAGAAAAAUUUGGUAAGAAAUGAUGAGAGAAUGUAGGUCAAUGUUUUCUUUGUGUUUUUAUUAUAGACAUGGGAAUCUCAUAGAUUUGCAUUUGUUUAUUUACGACCUACCAACAAAUAUAUUACUGAUAGUGGAACAUGUAUAGGCUAAUAACUGCAAUGAGUUGUUAAAUAAGCCCUCAACAAUACAACUACUUGUAUAAUGAGUCCCUAUAAGUGAUUAUCAGCGUAACGUCUCUCACGGCCGUGUUUAGUUCCAUGGUUCACAAAAAUAAUUAUUUGGGAUAUUUGACUUAAUAAAAAUUAAAACCACAACAUAGUUAGUCUAUGCAAUUUAUCUUUGUACCCAGAUAUUUUUAGGCAAUAACUAGUUCCCAGGGCUGGAAUUAAACUCAAAGGACCCGUCUGUUGUGGAGUAAAUGGGAGUAACCAGUCUAAAACAAUCCUCAAUUUCCCAGUAGGACAUAUCCAUGUCUAUCCCCCCCCCCCAGAAGAUCAUCUCCCAUGAAAAUCUAUAAAGGAUGUCAUGUCUACUUUAGCUCUGUUUCAAUCCCCCAUGACUUCAUAUCAUCUCUAGCCGUGACUCUAUCCCCCAAGAUGGCAUGUCCACUGUAACCGUGACUCUAUCCCCCAUGAUGUCAUGUCCACUAUAACCGUGACUCUAUCCCCAAUGAUGCCAUGUCCACUGUAACAGUGACUCUUUCCCAAUGAUGUCAUGUCCACUGUAACCGUGACUCUUUCCCCCAUGAUGUCAUGUCCACUUUUGCUGUGACUCUAUCCCACGUGAUGUCAUGUCCACUGUAGCCAUGACUCUAUCCCCCAUGAUGUCAUGUCCACUAUAACCGUGACUAUAUCCCCAUGAUGUCAUGUCCACUCUAGCUGUGACUCUAUCCCCCAUGAUGUCAUGUCCACUCUAGAUGUGUCUCUAUCCCCCAUGAUGUCAUGUCCACUCUAGCUGUGACUCUAUCCCCCAGGAUGUCAUGUCCACCAACAAACUCAACGUCUUCCACUGGCACAUCGUUGACGCACAGUCCUUCCCAUACGAGAGCACAACGUUCCCAAAUUUAACACUUCAGGUAAGGGGGGGGGGAUCAAUUAAUUAUGCGAUUUCUAACACAUUUAUAACUUAACUUACAGAACGUAGUAAUUCCAGUAAAAGCUUCUAUUCCCCUUCCCACCCGAUUUAAACAUCACGAUUCGCUUACAUGCAUUGAAAGAUUUGAACAUUCUCGUCCUCGCCUGGUACCAGAGGCGUAGCGAGGGGGUGGCAGGGGGGACAGAUGUCCACGGGCGCCAGCUAAUGAGGGGCGCCAAAAUGUGCUUUGAUAUUAUUUUAUUGAUGAAAAUAAUGGGUUUGAGAUUUGAAAAAAAGAAAAAGGGGGCUUUAAAAUGGAUCUUGUCUCCGGGCGCGAAUCUUGUCCCCGGGCGCCAAACAGCCUCGCUACGCCUCUGCCGGGUACAAAUGCUAGUAUUUUUGGUUUUAUCAACCACGCAUCGACACUAGCAGACGUCGUCCCAAUUUAGGGCCAACUUAAUGGGACUGUGAUGAUAAACGACAGGGAUGCGUUACCCAAUCUGAAAUAUCUACCGUCCAGGGAGCCUACUCGCCCAGACACGUGUACAAACGCGCAGACGUCAGGGACAUCAUCCGGUACGCCAGACUCCGCGGCGUACGCAUUCUACCCGAGUUCGACACACCCGGACAUGCGCACUCCUGGGGUAAAGCUUAUCCAGGUAACGCCAUGUCUGUGUAGAUAGAGUUGUAUGUGUGUGUGUGUGUCGUCAAGGACCCUUAAGAUUUUUUUAUUUUUUUUCUAGUGGCACUGGAACCAGUGUCCGACAUCUGUUUAAAUCUUAAAGUGCUUGAGGUGCUUGAUAAGGAAAUGAUAACUGAGCGAGGAUAAUAGUCAGUGCACGAUUAGUGGGACAUCUCCACCAAUGAAUAGACUUUUGAGUACAGGGCUUGUCAUGUAAUGGCGGAAAUCUAUUAUUAGAACUGCUGUAAUCAUCCGGGUACUUGGGUCGGACAAAAUGCCAACACUGUUCAGCGCUACUGUGUUAGCGAAGUGGCCCUUAACCUUAAUCAAAACAUGUUUACAACUCUAUUUUACGAAAUAUUUUACACAAUUUUUUUUACUGCUUUUUUUGUGAAAUGGGACGUCACUGCGCGUACGGCAUAUGUCACAGUGACUCUUGAUGCAAGGAUCGACCGAACGGUAUGCUGAAACACACUAUUAGCUGAAACACACUAUUAGCUGAAACACACUAUUAGCUGAAACACACUAUUGGCUGCCAUGUUGUAACCGUUAUUUGUCCGACGUUCUAAAAAUAUUUCUGGUCUGAGAAAUGACAAACCCUCUUAAGAAGUUAUGCCCAGACACCUUGAAAUGUAUCAGGGGCGUCUGGAAAGUGGGGGGGGGGAGCAGUUGCCCCUAGCCUGGGUUGGGUGUGGGGGGGGGGGAUAUAAUCCCAUGUUCCUGACUAUUUCGCCAGACAAAAAUCUAAAAUGAGGAAAAGAAAAAAUACAAGCAAACAAUAUUUUGUUAUUAUAUCUUUGUUCAUUUGGGGGGGGGGGGGUACGAAGAUUUUUGUUAGGAUGGAAAAAAAAUAUUGAACUGUAUGCCUGGGAAAUGAAUUUCAACCCUCUAAGAUGGAACGAGAAGUGUUAUGACCGCAUAUGCACGCUAACUUGUCAACAAACGGGGAAUUUGAAGAAAUGAUGCCAAAAUUUAAAUUAUUGGCCAACAAAAAAAAUAAUGUUGUUGUUGUUUUUUUAAUCACAGGAUUUCAUAAUUUAAUUUGCUGGAAAAUUUGAAAAUUGAAUACUUUGUAAUCAAUAUAAUCAUUGAAUAGUCAACAGUGCUUAAGCAAUUUUUAACUGUAAUCUUUUUUUUAUUGCUUAUAUUCAAAAUGAACACCCAUUUAACCCCCAAUGGACAUUACCAUACUGUCAUGAUCCACACACACAAUUUACCAAGUCCAAGGCUGGGGGGGGGGGGUAUCUCCCCCCCCCCGAGGGAUGGGGUGGUAUAACACACCGUAUACCCUUAUGCGAUUCAUUUCAAAGAUGACAGCGGAUGUCAGUAUGCAUUAGAUAGUAAUUGGUGAUGAAACCAAGCAAGCAGUGAGAAUUGCUUUGGUAAUCUAGCGAAAUAUACAAACAACUAAGGUCAUUUACAACCCAAAACUUGCCAAGUUGUAACCAUAAGAUUCACACCAACCGAUAACCAUACGACUAAAUAACCGUCUACGUGCAAAUGUGUCACACUAUCGGUUAUAUAAAACGGAACCCUCUCACUCCCUCUCCGUCCCCCUCUCUCUCUCUCUCCCUCUCUCAAGAGCUCCUGACGCCAUGCUAUGACCACGAUGAAAAGUUCAAGGCUGUAUAUUCCCAGCAUGCAGAGAGGGAGAACUUUGACCCAACCCGGAACUCUACUUUCGAUUUCCUCUCAGACUUUUUUGCUGAGGUCAAGGAGACAUUUGUUGAUACGUUUUUGCAUAUGGGAAUGGACGAAGCUCAUUAUAUGUGUUGGUAUGUUGGUUGUAAUGAGGGGCUGGUGUGUUUGGUGUAAUAUAUGCUGAUAUAUUGGUUGUGUUAUGUGUUGAUAUAUUGGUUGUAAUAUGUGUUGGUAUGUUGGUUAUGUUAUGUGUUAGUAUGUCGGUUGUAGUUUGCGUUGGUAUUUUGGGUGUGAUAUGUGCUGGUGUGUUGGUUGUAAUAUGUCCUGGUAUGUUAGUUUUAGUAUGUGAUGGUAUGUUGCUUGUGUUAUGUGUUGGUAUGUUGGUUGCAAUGUGUGCUAUAAGAAAUGUUCGCUCUGUGAAGCUUGAAUAAUGAAAAAGGUAGCAGUUUAUUUCGUUUAGAUAAUGUUGUCGUUCACAUACUUUUAUUGGAUAUUUAUAGUUGAGUAUAAUGCUUAAAUCAAUGUCAAUUUGCUCCAUUUAUAGUUAAGUAUAAUGCUUAAAUCAAUGUCAAUUUGCUCCAUUUAUAGUUAAGUAUAAUGCUUAAAUCAAUGUCAAUUUGCUCCAUUUAUAGUUAAGUGUAAUGCUUAAAUCAAUGUCAAUUUGCUCCAUUUAUAGUUAAGUAUAAUGCUUAAAUCAAUGUCAAUUUGCUCCAUUUAUAGUUAAGUAUAAUGCUUAAAUCAAUGUCAAUUUGCUCCAUUUAUAGUUGAGUAUAAUACCACAACCAAUGUCAUUUGCUCCAUUUAUAGUUGAGUGUAAUAUAACAACCCAUGUCAAUUGGACCCAUUCUAUUUGGCAACAGAGUUAUUAGAAUAUGUGCACAUAACCCUUGAGUGCAUAUAUUGAAAACACUAUAUUAAACCAUUAUCGUCCAGGAAUUCAAGUCUUGAGAUUACCACGUUCAUGGCCGACCAAGGGAUGACCAGGGGAGACUUCAGCCGCCUUGAGUCCUACUACAGUCAGCGUCUGCUGGACAUUGUCGACCAUCUGGACAGGAGAGUUCUGAUUUGGGAGGACCCUAUCAACAACGGAGCCAAUGUAAGAUUUUUAAAAAACUUAAACAUGGACAACGGCGCCAAGGAACAAAAGUCAGUAAAUGCUGCUGGGAAUGGUUUAACACUUGAGGGUUUUUCGCCACAUUUUAAUUGUACUUUCAGAAUUUCGGUUUUUAAAGAAGUCUUAAAUACAUAAAUUUUUGUAUAAAUCUUUUUAUAUUCAUUUAAAAAAAACACAAUGUUCUAAUGUCCCACCCGCCUUAACAACGAUUACUACGCUAAAUGAGAUUCUUAAAACGAUCGCAAGUGCGUUUGGUCCGCAACAUUUUCCUUUGUUUUACGGGAAAAGUUGGUGAAAUAAAAUCUGCGGUGUAAAAGCGGGUGGGAAUUUUGAAUACUGACAUAGCGUGGAAAAAAAUAUUCGGGUACGAGCCUUGAAAAGGGAGUGUGUGCGGGGUUGGCCGGGGAGGGGGGGGGGGAGGCACUAAUUUGGAUUCUUACAAAGUGCAUCACUUGAAUGCAUGUCAUGUCAAAUUUUCAGUUGGACCCGCCAUUGCUUGAUAUUGCAAUUAAUUGAGGAUUUAUAAAGAAAAACUUCGUUUUUUUUUAAAAGGUUGUUUAAUUCUUGUUCGCUAUGCGCUCUUUUACGUCCUUAAAAUGGUUGUAACAUCGACAUGGGCCAGAACUCUUCAAUCACAACGUCAGCUAGCAAUCUCAACCCCACACCCCAACCCCCCAACCCAGGCACCGUAACAGCUGACGACGUUAUGCCAUAAUGAACGUCCUGGACCAACGAUCGGUCUCAAUGACACGUGACGUCCAUAACCCCAGUCUCAGGAUCGCGUGAACUGCCAUGGUAACAAAAGGUAGGCUCACAUGACAGAUAUUACCUUGAAAGGGGUAGCAGCAAGGCCAUCCCACAUGACCAGACAUUUUGACCCGGUCUUCUAGUGUUGUCGUGCUCCACAGGCUGCCGCCACGUUAAUCAUCGCACGUCAACACAACGGUUCGCCAUCGCAUUCAGAACACAAGAUGUUCGAAGACCUAUUUUCUAGUCAUCUGAUACAAUUAAGUCGGUCAAUACGUUCAUGUCUGGCACUGACAGCUUUUGGGAUGUAUUUUUGAGACAACAAUUCAAACGAGGAUAGAAUAUACUCAAUUGCCCUUGUUUUUUGUUAAACUACAAACAUUAGAACAUCGAUUAUCUUAACUAAUAAGGACAACUGGUGAGGAUUGGAUUUUUUUUCCGGAAAGAGAUCAUUUCCAAAAAUAGGUGACUCGUGCUUAAAAAAACCCAACUAACUCAGGCGUUAUUUUCCGCUUUAAUUGCUAUCACGGGGUGCCAUGUUGACAACAUAAGAACCGUUGAGAGCAAUCUGGACAAAAAAUCGUUCUUCCAAGGCCAUAUCCGUUUUGUAAGAAGAGCAUACACAGGAAUGAACGUCCCCGCGCAGGGUCGCACCUCGGUGCGUCCAUAUUCUGACUAAUGAUGUGUAAGUUGCGGCUCGUGGAAUUCCCGAACACAAACAACACGUACAAUCUCAUUUAAACGUGUUCAGAUCGCAACACACUUUUCUGGGACGACCGGGAUUUCGGAUUCAAGGAUUUCCUAUUGGCCCGAAAUGCGUUUCUUCCACCCAACACAAUCUCAGGAAAACAUGUAUCCAAAAAAAAACAAAAAAAAAAACAUUUUACAACAUCCUUCAUAAUUAUUAUGACCGCCAUCUCCCCGCUUAUGACAAACACAAUCACACUACUACAAUAAUGAUUUACAGUAACUUUUUCAUUGCUGACCAAUACAAAAAACAAAAAUUGAACACUACAUAUACUAACCAAGCUAUAAGCUGACCUCGGAAUACACUAACGACCUGUUAAUCCACCGCAGGUUUCACUGGAUGCCUGGAUUCAGGUGUGGAAGGAUAAAGGCCAAGCUCUCGGCAACACAAGCACCUGGCAGGUGUACCUGAAAGAAGCAGUUGCUAAGGGUUACAACGUCAUCUUCUCCUCGUGCUGGUACAUCAGCAAAAUCUCGUACGGCCAAGACUGGAAGAACUACUACCUCUGUGAACCACAUAACAUUGAUGGUAGGUACACCAGCAACGUCUUGUAUGGCCAAGACUGAAAGAAUUACAACCUCUGUGACCCACCUAACAUGUUUGAUUGUAGGUACAUCAGCAAAGUCUCGUAUUGCCAAGACUGGAAAAGCUACUAUCUAUUUGACCCACAUAAGAUUCAUGUAAGCUGAUUAUGGUUGGGGUUAAGGUUACGGUCUGCUUGUUUCAACCUAGACAAGAGUACUCACCGCAGUGUUAACUUAUAUGUAGGCAGUUAUCAUAGGCCCGUGGUAUAAGGCUCGGUCUAUAAAGACAAUAAUAAUGAACCACUGGUGUGAUUGAAAAGGUGGUGAAUUCCGUCAGGGAGGGUGGGCGGCAGUAUUGGAGUUUGAAGAACAUGUCAGGUACCGUCUUUAGUUUGUCUGAACUCAAAUUGUCUUCCUUUGUUAGCAAUUUACCAUGUUAAGAGAGAGUUACUUGUUCUCUGAGGGUUGAUACUAAGUUUGAUUAAUUGGAAAGCAGGGCACACCAGAACGGUUAAAUUGUUCAGUCCAUUGAAAAAUGAAAUAAUGGAAUGGUCUAGGGUUGAUAGAUCUUUUUAAGAAGUGAAAUAUUCGUCAGGUCGAGGCUACUCUAGGUGCAAGUCUUCGAAUAUUAUAAAGGGAGACAAUCGCAUUUAUUUAGUCUCAGAUUGUAUUGUGAGUAGUAUCCCAUUAAAAUGACCCUUGGUCAUACAUAGUUCUUUCAUUAACAGCUUUAAAUCGACAGCAAGUUUGACACUCUAAAUUUUAACGCUAAAGCUUGAAUUCAAUAAAAGUCAGAUCUUAAGUCAACUUUUUUAACAAUCUUGUUUGUAACCUCCUUAUAUCAAGAUAUAAUUCAAUAGUAUAAGUUUCUAUAGACUCACCUGCAGGCUUCUAUAGUCUAACCCGUAGACUUUUAUAGACUCACCAUUAUGCUUCUAAAGACUCACUUCUUUGCCUCUUGAGAUUCCCCUGCAGGAUUUUUUAGACUCACCAUAAUGCUCCUAUAGACUCACCUGUGCAUGUCUAUUCACAGCCUCACAGAAAGAAUUAAGCUUGAUAAAAGGAGGCGAGGCCUGUACUUGGAGUGAGUUUAUUGACGAAUCCAACUUCCUGUCUGUCAUUUGGUAAGUUAGCAAAUCGUAAUACACUAGACAGUUGUUAGAUAGUUGAAUGUCGUGAUACACUAGCCUGUAAUUAGUUAGUUUAAUGUCGUGAUACACUAGCCUGUAAUUAGUUAGUUAAAUGUCGUGAUACACUAGCCUGUAAUUAGUCAGUUGAAUGUCGUGAUACACUAGCCUGUAAUUAGUUAGUUGAAUGUCGUGAUACCCUAGCCUGUCAUUAGUUAGUUGAAUGUCAUGAUACACUAGCCUGUUAUUAGUUAGUUGAAUGUUGUUAUACACAAGCCAGUUGUUAGAUAGUUGAAUGUCUUGAUACACAAGCCUUCAUUAGACAGUUGAAUGUCGUGAGACACUAGCUUGUAAUUAGUUAGUUGAAUGUCGUUAUACACUAGCCUGUAGUUAGUUAGUUGAAUGUCGUGAUACACUAGCCUGUACUUAGUUAGUUGAAUGUCGUGAUACACUAGCCUGUAGUUAGUUAGUUGAAUGUCGUGAUACACUAGCCUGUAGUUAGUUAGUUGAAUGUUGUGAUACACUAGCCUGUCAUUAGUUAGUUGAAUGUCGUGAUACACUAGCCUGUAAUUAGUUAGUUGAAUGUCGUGAUACACUAGCCUGUAAUUAGUUAGUUGAAUGUCGUGAUACACUAGCCUGUAAUUAGUUAGUUGAAUAUUGUGAUACACUAGCCUGUAAUUAAUUGGUUGAAUGUCGUGAUACACUAGCCUGUAAUUAGUUUGUUGAAUGUCGUGACACACUAGUCAGUUAUUAGAUAGUUGAAUGUCUUGAUACAUAAGCCUGUCAUUAGACAGUUGAAUGUCGUGAUACACUAGCCUGUAGUUAGUUAGUUGAAUGUCGUUAUACACUAGCCUGUAAUUAGUUAGUUGAAUGUCGUGAUACACUAGCCUGUCAUUAGUAAGUUGAAUGUCGUGAUACACUAGCCUGUCAUUAGUUAGUUGAAUGUCGUUAUACACUAGCCUGUAAUUAGUAAGUUGAAUGUCGUUAUACACUAGCCUGUAAUUAGUAAGUUGAAUGUCGUGAUACACUAGCCGGUCAUUAGAUAGUUGAAUGUCGUGAUACACUAGCCUGUAGUUAGUUGAAUGUCGUGAUACACUAGCCUGUAAUUAGUUAGUUUAAUGUCGUGAUACACUAGCCUGUCAUUAGUUAGUUGAAUGUCGUAAUACACUAGCCUGUAAUUAGUUAGUUUAAUGUCGUGAUACACUAGCCUGUCAUUAGUUAGUUGAAUGUCGUGAUAAACUAGCCUGUAGUUAGUUAGUUGAAUGUCGUGAUACAUUAGCCUGUCAUUAGACAGUUGAAUGUCGUGAUACACUAGCCUGUUAUUAGUUAGUUGAAUGUCGUCAUACAUUAGCCUGUAAUUAUAUAGUUUAGCAAAUGGUGAGCAGAAAUUAUCAUUUAAACCCACCUACGUCACAGUAAUGGGUUGUUUUUAUAAUUACCACGUGACAAAAGGCCAAGAGCGUCAGCUGUGGCUGAGAGACUGUGGAGCCCGGGUCAUGUCAACAACACGGAUGAUGCCACUUUCAGGCUGGACCAACACAGGUGCAGAAUGCUCAGGUGUGUAGUUGCUUUAAUUACUGCACCUUUUUUACAACCCGGUAAGGGACCCCAACUAGUAUUCUCAUUAAACACAUAUCAGCACAGUGACGUAGAAAAUGGUGGGCAGUGGAGAAUUCGUUACUCCCCGGGGGGGGGGGGUGCACUUUUUUCUUGAAAUGAAGGGCCGGCUUUUUCGACAAACGGGGGGGUUGUUGUUUUUUUUUAGUGGAAGAUAUGUGCAGAAAUAUUUGCCCAGGCUCGUUGGCACCACCCAUAGUUACGCCACGGUAUCAGCACCAACAUUUUCAAGUAUUUUUAUAUUUUUUAUCAUAUUUUUCUCCCCCCUCAUUGGUCGUAACUUUUCAGACAAGGUAUCCCCGCCCAGCCGAUCCUCCCAGGCUUCUGUCAAGACGAUUACAACACUGACAACUCCUUGAUGCACCACACACCAGUGCUGGACAGCAGCACCACGCAGAAACCUGGAAACACGGCGCCUGGAUUUGGUGUGCCGCCAGGCUGGACGUCUAAAUCUCUUUAUAUUGUGGCAUUUGUUUUGUUUUUUUUUAACUUUUGAUGUACGAAUAUAAGAAUGUUUCAUUUUUUUUUUUUAUUUUAGAAAUCAUCUAUAAACAUUGAACUAGUUUCUAAACAAAACAUUUUUAGUUAGAAUUUAAGAUAGUCUUUAAUAUUUAGCAAACAUUUCCUAUAAUUUACAGUCUACAUCUCUUUAUAUUUUGGCAUUUUUUUUGUUUUUUUUUAACUUUUGAUGUACGCAUAUAAGAAUGUUUCAUUUUUUUUUUUUUUAUUUUAGAAAUCAUCUAUAAACAUUGAACUAGUUUCUAAACAAAACAUUUUUAGUUAGAAUUUAAGAUAGUCUUUAAUAUUUAGCAAACAUUUCCUAUAAUUUACCGCGUCUAUCAUGAUACCAUGAUCCCUUAUUUCUUCACCUGACAUCAUAACAUCUUAUAUCUCUUCACCUGACAGCACGAUACCAUCCCCGAUCUCUUCACCUGACAUUAUGAUACCACAUAUUAUCUCUUCACCUAAAAUCAUGAUACCAUCCCCUAUCUCUUCAUCUGACAUCAUGAUACCAUCCCCAUCUCUUCACGUGACAUCAUGAUACCAUCCCUUAUCUCUGCACCUGACAUCAUGAACCCAUCAUCUAUCUUUUGACCUGACAUCAUGAUAACAUCCCCUAUCUCUUCACGUGACAUCAUCCCUUAUCUCUUCACCUGACAUCAUAAUACCAUCCCCUAUUAUAAAAGAUAUUAUUUUUUCAAUCUAUGUUAGGGUAAAAAAAAAUAAAAAAUUUGCAGUUUUUAGUAUACAAUUAAUGAAACAACCGCUAAAGGAAAGCUUAUCGUAAAAAAAAAAAAAUCCAUUAUUAUUUGUUGUUUGCAUUUAUGUAACUGUACGUGAUUUAUCAUUUAUGUAACUGUACGUGAUUUAUCAUUUAUGUAACUGUACGUGAUUUAUCAUUUAUGUCACUGUACUUGAUUUAUCAUUUAUGUCACUGUACGUGAUUUAUCAUUUAUGUCACUGUACGUGAUUUAUCAUUUAUGUGAUUGUAGCAACUGAUUUUUGGUAUGGGAAUUAUUAUAUCAGAAUUAGUGCAUGUAAAACCUAACAGAGUAAUUAUGUAUCUAAACAUAAAAAUACGUUACUAAUUCAACGCACAUCGAAUCGGCAACACAGUUAAUCUCCACACCAAAACAUGCAACAAUUGAACAAAUCAUGUUUGGUUCAUCUUCCCCAUGGAAAACAAUAGACAUUGAUGUUUUGGGGGGGGUUGGGGCAGACAAUGUGAUAGAAUGUUUUGUGAUCGGCCACAAGUCUGUAUGCCAAGUUCAGUUCAAUAGGGUGACGGGAAGUGGGUCAGUUAGCCGUUCGAAGAUUUGGCAUCAAACAUACAAACAAAGGCGACGUUUAUAUGAACGAUUUUUUUAAAGAGCACUUUUUUUUCCAUUCAUGGCCAAUUUUCUUGAUGUCUGUCUCCAAUUCUCGGCGCCAAGUGUUUCUUGGACGGCCUCUUUUCCGCUUACCCUGUGGGUUCCAUUUCAGGGCUUGCUUUGGAAGAUCCUGGAGAAGCUGGCCCAGGAUAGAGAUGCCUGGAGGUCUCUCGUAGGUGGCACCUAUGCCCUUGGAGGAACCGCAGACGCCGACGAUGAUCGGUGGAUGCCCCUCAUGGACGAGAAGGCUCAACACACAACACACUUUUUUUUCAUCUAUAGCGAACGUAGACGUAAACAGAUGAAAUUUAUUUCUUUGUGAAAGAAAGAUGGAUCCUUAAUGACGUAAUACAUAAAAAAACACGACCCAUUUUUUUUUUUAAACUCCUUGUUGCUCUUCAUUAACCAAAAGUGUUCAAUAAAUGUCUUUUAUCGAGUAAUGAAGAAGCUUUAUAGUGGUCCAGCCGCAAAGGCAGGCAAGUAAGUGGAGUUGGUUUGAUGGGGCUAGCGUCAGAUGAUUUGAACGGUCAACUCUUCAGCAAGAUGACUUGCCUUAUCCGCUUCUGCGCAAGGAUCCUUUGAUGUGACCGAGAUACCUGGAUAUGACCUGGUUAACUUGACCCGACCUGAAGACCUGGACGUGACAGGGAUACCAUGAUAUGACCUGAUUUUCUUAAUGAUAGCUUGUUCCCUGUAGAAGACCUUGCCCCCUUAAUAUGACAUUUCUUCUACUUCUACAUAGCCGGCAGUCCGAGAAAACCCUAUAGUUUUUCAACGCAAAAAAAUAAAAAAUAAUUACCUAUUACCUCUACACAAUUAUUCAAAUUUCACCAAAUUUAUUUAACUAAUUAUUUUCCCCAGCGCCUUAUUUGAAGUUAUCAACUCUUUAAAACAAUUAUUUGAACAUAUAAGUCUGCAAAAUUUAUGUUAAAUUGUGCUCAGUUUGAGACUUCACUAUGAGAUGCUCAUGAAACUAUUUAUUCAAAAUUUUUGCAACCGAACCAUGAUAAAUUUCAGUACAAAUUUAGCAUU